GUAAAGUCCAAAACUUUUUAAUUAGAACAUCGAGAGGAUUGAGCGAAGAAAAGGAAGAAUUUUUUUGCAGAGAACGGCAACUGAGAGUUCAAUUCACGAUCUAUAAUCAGCCGCCGAGUUUCCAGUUUCCGCCUCCACCAGAAUAGCGUCUCGUUUCGUUGCUCGCAAGCUGGUGUUGGUCCCUCUUCAACCGCCGUCAGUUUCCCGGGAAAAAAAAACAACGAAAGAGGAGAGUUCUCUGAGCCAAGAAAUCCGAGGGUUUAAGAUAGCCAAGUGUUCUGUCAAUCGAAGAUGACUCAGUCCGGAAAAUUGAUGCCGAAUCUCGAUCAGCAGAGCACGAAAAUGCUUAAUCUUACUGUGUUGCAGAGAAUAGAUCCUUUCAUCGAAGAAAUUUUAAUCACCGCCGCCCAUGUGACGUUCUACGAGUUCAAUAUCGAAACCAAUCAAUGGAGUCGGAAGGACGUCGAAGGAUCUCUUUUCGUAGUGAAGAGAAAUGCUCAACCUCGGUUCCAAUUCAUUGUGAUGAAUCGACGCAACACAGAUAAUCUAGUGGAGAAUCUACUUGGGGAUUUUGAGUAUGAAGUUCAAGCUCCUUAUCUAUUGUACCGAAAUGCUGCGCAAGAAGUUAAUGGCAUUUGGUUUUACAAUCCACGUGAAUGCGAGGAUGUUGCAAACCUCUUUAGUAGAAUACUUAAUGCAUUCUCGAAGGUUCCUUUAAAGUCUAAAGUUUCUUCAAGCAAGGGUGAUUUUGAGGAGCUGGAGGCAGUGCCAACCAUGUCAAUUAUUGAAGGUCCACUAGAGCCCUCUGCACCGCCCUCUACUGUCACGGAUGCCCCUGAAGAUCCAUCCUUCGUGAAUUUUUUUAGUGCGGCUAUGAAUAUUGGAAACAAUGCUCCAAAUAUACCAGAUUCAAGACAGCCAUAUCAUGCUUCUGCUAUAAACCCACCUCCAUCUUUGCUUCCGCCUAAUAUCGUAUCAACUCCUGCACUGAAUCCACAGCCAUCUUUUCCUAUUGCAGCCUCAUCUACACUAACCUCUCCUUAUGGACCAUCUGACCCAAACAUUAACGCUAAUCAGGUCACUAAUCUUGUGAAGCCCUCUUCAUUCUUUCCUCCUCCAUCUUUCUCAUCUGCACCAAUGAGACCCCCUAUGUCCUCAUCCAUGCCAAUGCCUACACUUCAUCCUCCACUUAAUUUACAAAGUCCAUAUGGGACCCCAAUGCUCCAGCCAUUUCCGCCACCUAAUCCACCGCCGUCACUCACACCUGGUUCUGCUCCUGCUCUCAAUGACGGGCCUCUUAUUAGCAGGGACAAAGUUCGUGAUGCACUUCUGAUGCUUGUUCAGGACGAUCAAUUUAUUGAUAAGUUUUACCAAGCACUGGUGAAGAUGCACCAUUCUUGAGUAUCUUCAAAGGCUCGAGAGGGACUGCGAUGCCGCCUAUCAUCUGCAGGUUUCACGGGCUUGAAUGUGUGUGAAUUAGAUGUGUACAUAGCUCACUUUGAAUUAUGUCUAAAAUUAGUGGCUCCAGUGUAGUGUAUUCAGUGUAAAAUUUGAUGGAGUUUCGGUGUUGGUCAAGUUCUUUUUGAUUUGAGAUGUUGCUGACAAAAACACAUGGCAUGGUGCUGCUCUCUUUCAGUUUGGUACUUUUAUGAUGCCACUCCUUUUCUAUUUGGUUCAGGCUUUAGGAACUUCUGCUUCCUCCUCCCAAAUUUUGUUGUUUUGAGGAUUUCACUUUCUGGUGAAUGUCAUUUCGUCGCAUCAAAACAAUUAUCAUAAGAUGAGUUCUCUUUGUUUUGGGAACUUCUCAUA